AUGGCCUGCCUUCUGCAAGCAUUUCAGAGGGCUUCUGCUGGGGUUUUCUUGUUAGCACUUUGGAGUGUGAUUGGAGGUGAGAAGCUGCUGGUUGUUCCUCAGGAUGGAAGCCACUGGCUUAGUAUGAAGGAGAUAGUUGAGCUUCUCAGCAAGAGGGGGCAUGACAUUGUGGUGGUGGUGCCAGAAGUUAAUUUGCUUCUGAGGGAAUCCAAAUACUACACAAGAAAAGUCUAUCCAGUGCCAUACCCAGGGGAAGAACUGAAGGACCGUUUCCGCUCUUUCGGAAACAGCCAUUUUGCUGGGAGAUCUUACCUAAGCACCCCUCAGACAGAGUACAGGAAUGUCAUGAUUGUUGUCAACAUGUACUUCAUCAACUGCAAGAGCCUCCUGAAGGACUCGGAGACCCUGCAGUUCCUCAGGGAGAGUAAGUUCGAUGCCCUUUUCACAGACCCAGCCUUGCCCUGUGGUGUGAUCCUGGCUGAGUACCUGGGCCUGCCCUCUGUGUAUCUCUUCCGGGGCUUCCCGUGUGCCUUGGAGUACAAGUUCAGUGGAAGCCCAAGCCCUGUGUCCUAUAUUCCCAGGUACUAUACUCAGUUCUCUGACCAGAUGACUUUCCGCCAACGGGUGGCCAACUUCCUUGCUGAUUUGUUGGAGACCCCUCUGCUUUACCUUUUGUUUUCAAAGUACCAAAAUCUCACUUCAAAUCUCCUCAAGAGAGAUGUGGACUUAGUCACAUUAUAUCAGAAGGUCUCCAUUUGGCUGUUAAGGUAUGACUUCGUGUUCGAGUACCCCAGGCCAGUCAUGCCCAACAUGGUCUUCAUUGGAGGGACCAGCUGCAAGAAGGUGGGACGCCUAGUUCAGAGCGUGCGCACAGAGCUGUAUGCCCGCUUCACUGCGUACCCCGAGCCAGUCCGGGCUGAAGAGCUGCGGCUCCUGCCGAGUCCGGAUGGAAGCCACUGGCUUAGUAUGAAGGAGAUAGUUGAGCUUCUCAGCAAGAGGGGGCAUGACAUUGUGGUGGUGGUGCCAGAAGUUAAUUUGCUUCUGAGGGAAUCCAAAUACUACACAAGAAAAGUCUAUCCAGUGCCAUACCCAGAGGAAGAACUGAAGGACCGUUUCCGCUCUUUUGGAAAUGGCCAUUUUGCUGAGAGAUCUUACCUGAGCACCCCUCAGAUGGAGUACAGGAAUAACAUGAUUGUUGUCAACAUGUUCUUCACCAACUGCGAGAGCCUCCUGAAGGACUCGGAGACCCUGCAGUUCCUCAGGGAGAGUAAGUUCGAUGCCCUUUUCACAGACCCAGCCUUGCCCUGUGGUGUGAUCCUGGCUGAGUACCUGGGCCUGCCCUCUGUGUAUCUCUUCCGGGGCUUCCCGUGUGCCUUGGAGUACAAGUUCAGUGGAAGCCCAAGCCCUGUGUCCUAUAUUCCCAGGUACUAUACUCAGUUCUCUGACCAGAUGACUUUCCGCCAACGGGUGGCCAACUUCCUUGCUGAUUUGUUGGAGACCCCUCUGCUUUACCUUUUGUUUUCAAAGUACCAAAAUCUCACUUCAAAUCUCCUCAAGAGAGAUGUGGACUUAGUCACAUUAUAUCAGAAGGUCUCCAUUUGGCUGUUAAGGUAUGACUUCGUGUUCGAGUACCCCAGGCCAGUCAUGCCCAACAUGGUCUUCAUUGGAGGGACCAGCUGCAAGAAGGUGGGACGCCUAGUUCAGAGGCUCAAAUCCUGGCCAGGGGCCUGA